AGCCUUACAACUCCACUGUAUCCGAGAAGCACCACAAGAAACCGGAUACCUUUUCCUACAUUCAACAGUCACACCGACAAGGAUCCACAACAGAUCAGUCGGAAAGCUCUACCAAUAACGAAGUUCACAUCAAUCUAGUUACUACCACUUUAAAAUGAUGCUUUCAAUGGACCAUAGUGAAGAACAACUCGGUGAUCCUCCCGCCGUAUUUCUGCAAACAACUGAUCUACUUUUUGCCGCUGUAAUGCAAAAUCAUGCCAUCUAUCCUGAACUAAAAGAUAAAUCUGCUUUGGGCAUUAAGGAUGGCGAGCAGAACCAUGUGUAUUUGCUACGGGACACCGCUCAGGUCACCUUGGAUUCCGGUGUGGACAGCCCUGACGAGUCAGCCGAAGGGAAGCGUGUAAUCGAGGAACCCAGGCAAAGUAGCAUCGUGACAAUUUUCUCCAUAUGGAACACAAUGAUGGGAACCUCCAUUUUGGCAAUGCCAUGGACUCUAUCCCAGGCGGGUUUCAGUCUCGGAAUCAUACUGAUUCUGCUGGUGGCUGCAAUCGCUUCUUACACUGCAUAUCUAGUCGUUCAAGCAACAGAGGACAUUCGUUUCAUCAAGAAUCUACCAAGGUCUGUAUAUGUGGAUAUUGCAGACGCAUCAGAAUAUCAUUUUGGCAAGGCGGGACGCAUCAUCGCAUUGGUCUUUUCUCAAGUCGCCACGAUUGGUGCUAGCAUCGUUUAUUAUGUCCUGCUAUCAAACUUCCUCUACAACACCGGAGAGUACAUAUUUCGCAGUGCAACCCAUCAAUUUCCCACCACUCCCACAAUUAUAGUGAACGGCAGAGAAAUAAACAACAUGCUUUGUCCAAGUCGCAAUAUCACUGUGGAAUCUCCCAUCGAUAAUGCGGUGUUCAACAAACUAUGGGUUAUUGAUCGAACUGUUCCUGUCUGGUUACUUCUGAUCCUAUUCCCGCUUAUUUCCAUCAAGUCACCGACAUUUCUGGGGAAGUUCACCACACUUGGUAAGUGCACGCCCACUUUGACGUCAUGA